AUGGCGGAGGCGAUAGGGAUGAUGGAGGGCGUAAGUGGACUCAGUGGACAGACAGAACAGUGGCAGUGGCAGUAGUGGUCCAUGCGAUUUAAUUUGUGUGCCACCUCCUGUGGGUUGCUGUUGUCAGGCCUUUUUCGUGCCGCGGGGCGAGUUGCUGAGGUGGGUCAACAACACGUUCGGGCUCAGCCUCACCAAAGUGGAGCAGUGCGCGUCAGGUAAGGCCGGGCGGACGGACGUCACGCCACACGCUCCGGGCUCUCUCGCCUGCCUGCCUGGGAUCCAUCCAUCCAUGCAUCCAUCCAUCCGUGUGUCUGUCGUGUCUGUCAGGUGCGGUGUACAUUCAGAUCAUGGACGCCAUCCUGCCCGGCAAAGUGCCCAUGAGCAAGGUGGGGAUCCAGGAUGGUGGCUCGCCGAUGUCUGUGGAUGUCUGUGUGUGUGUGUGUGUGUGUGUUGCAAUGCAUUGGGGUGUGUGUGUGUGUAGGUGAAUUGGAUGGCCAAGCACGAGUACGAGUUCGUCAAGAACUACAAGGUGCUCCAGGCCAUAUUCGACAAGAAUAACAUCACCAAGGUACCCCUGGCAGACACACGCACAUCCAUCCAUCCAUCCCGUGUGUAUCGUUGCUGCAGCACAUAGAGGUGGAGAAGCUGACCAAGGGCAAGUACCAGGACAACCUAGAGAUGCUCCAGUGGAUGAAGGCCUACUUCGACAGGUAGGUACCCCUCCCCAUCCACACCAUCCACACCGUCAACGGGCCCUUGUUGUUUGUGUCAUGUGUUCAGGACGGCCAAGGGCGACAUCGCAUACGACCCAUAUGAAAGACGCAGAGGUCCGACAACCACACCACACCACAAUACACACACACACACACGCAUCCACAUACAUCACACACGUCAAUCCGUCCGUCCGCUGUCUGUCUGUGUCUUCCUUCAGGCAUGCCCGUGCCCGACUGGGUGAAGACCAGCGACAGCGGGUCAGGGGCAGGGGCAGGUGCCGGCCGGAAGGACAGCGGCGUCGUCCCUCCCGCCCGCCGCAUCCAGAAGAGCAACACCGUACCCGACACAAAGACACCACACACCACAACGGAUAACGACACCAAAGACGAAACAGACACCCGUAACCAGCCCCUCACACCCCUACACACACAGACCGACACACACAGAGAGAGAAAGAGAGAGAGAGAGAGAGAGAUCCAGCCUUCUCCCUUUCUCCAUCCAUCCAGUGGCCAAGUCGUCGGUAGCUUCCAAGGCGGCCCCCAAGGCGGCGAUAUCGAAGCGGCCACCCAAGGCCAAGCCCUCCGACGAGCACUUGGGGGCGGGAGGUGCCGGCGGGCCGGGUGCGGGUGGUGGGGGUGUAGCCGUUGGCGUUAAGGCCGGCGCCAAGAAGGUGGAUAAAGACGCGGGAGCGGGAGGGGGAGGGGGCGGGGCGGCGGCCGCCAUCAAUGGGGACGACUUGUCUGCGUGUAGGACAUACAGACAGACAGAGAGAGGCAGGCCGGCAGCCCUUGUGGCGUUGGUUCGCUCCAUCUCUCUCUCUCUCUCUGUUUUGAUGGUGCAUGCAGUGCGGAAGAAGGUGUGUGGGUAUGAGGAGAUGGUCCGUGAGUGGGAGGACGAGAGGGCGGCGUUCGUGCAGGAGCGGACGGCCAAGGACGCCAUGCUAGAGGGACUCGAGAAGGAACGAGACUUCUACUUCGGUCCACACACACACACACACACACACAACAGAGAGAGAGAGAGAGAUACAAUCAAUAAAGCCACCCCAGAUGCCGAUCAUGAUGCCGUCCGUGUACGUGUGUGCGUGCAGGCAAGUUGCGCGACAUCGAGAUUUUGUGCCAGACCGAGGGCAAGACCGCCCUCGACGUGCAGACCAUCCAGGAGAUACUGUCAGGACACAAACCAACCAUUCCCCCCACCUCACCUCACCCCCCCACACACAGCCCGUCCGCCUCUCUUUCUGUGUGGUUGCCCUCUCUCUCAGGUACAAGACUGACGAUGAGGAGGGCGACGAGGGCGGCGAGGUGUUGGCCAAUGGCGACAGCGGCAACGGCAGUGGCAACGGCAGUGGCAGUGGCAGUGGCGGUGGCGAUGCGAGCAACGCACAGGAGCAGGCGCAGCACGCCGCCAUGGUGAACGGAGACACCAAGAGGCCGCCCAUGCCGCAGGACUCAUUCUGACCGACAUAGAGCAUAGGCACAGAUACCCCACAGCACACCAGGUCAUAGAGUGGGUGGCGGAGAGCAAGGGUGAAAUACAUGUUGUUGUGUGUAUGUGUGUGUGCUUGUAGUGUAUGCAGGUGUUUGUAGGGGCGGUGGGUGGGCGGGCACCCGUAUGGCAGCCCUCACCUCGUAGCUGAUGUUGAAAGCUUGGGGGUCGGCGGUUGGUGGAGGGGCGCAUGAGGUCGGUAGCUCGUUGCCCGACCCGACCUACUUGUGAGUGACGAUUGACUGACUGACUGAUUGACUGCAUGACUGAGAAUCUGUUUGCUCAAACCAACCCGUAGCUGGCCCAAAGACACAUCUAUCUGCGUCAUAUAUUUCGUGAAUACACGUGUGAUCCAA